AUGUCUCGCUGCAACUGUAAGCUUUUCUCUCUCUCUUUGUACCUUCUUCUUCUCUUCCAUGCAUUGCUUCUCGCGACAGCUCUCAGAAGCCAUGGAGAGGCCACGGAGCAGGACAAGAAGGCUUAUAUCGUGUAUAUGGGCGAGAGGCUGAAGAUGGACGGGUUUUCCAUAAAGUUAGUUCAUAAAAAUCUGCUCAAUAAAGUAAUUGCAAGUGAUGAUGCAUCAGAACGCCUGAUACACAGUUACACCAGAAGCUUCAAUGCCAUGGCAGCUAUGCUCUCCGAGGAAGAGGCAAAGAAGCUAUCAAAUAUGGAUGAGGUGGUGUCUGUCUUCCCUAGCCAGCGAAGAGAGCUCCAUACUACGAGAUCAUGGGACUUCAUGGCCUUCCCAUCGAGCGCAUCUCAUGGUGCAUUUGAGUCUGAUGUUAUUGUCGGCAUGCUCGACACCGGGAUCUGGCCGGAAUCCGAGAGCUUCAAUGACGCCGGCUUUGGCCCGCCCCCGCACAAGUGGAAUGGCACUUGCGAGACGGCCAAACACAACUUCACCUGUAACAACAAAGUCAUUGGAGCCCGCUACUACCACCUUCAAGGCAAUAUAAGCGCAGGCAACAUCGCAUCCCCGCGCGACACCGCCGGCCACGGUUCCCACACCUCCUCCACUGUCGCCGGAAGGUUAGUUGCCAACGCCAGCCUCUCCGGCCUCGCCCAAGGCACCGCCCGCGGUGCAGUACCUUCAGCUCGGCUUGCCGUCUACAAGGUAUGUUGGGAUAACGAGGGCUGCUAUGACGUCGACCUCCUCGCUGGUUUCGAUGAUGCUGUUGCCGAUGGCGUUGACAUCAUUUCCAUUUCCAUCGGCUCAAGCUUCCCUAGUGAUUACUUCUCCGACCCGAUUGCCAUUGGCAGCUUCCAUGCGGUGAAGAAUGGUGUUCUGGUCUCUGCCUCGGCUGGGAAUUCUGGUCCAGGCAGGUACAGCGUGGCAAACUUCGCCCCGUGGAUGCUCACCGUGGCCGCUAGCACUAUUGACCGCAAGUUUAUUUCUCAAGUCAAGCUCGGCAAUGGUGAUGUUUAUCAGGGAAUGGCAGUGAACACCGAGGGAGCCAAGGACAAUUUGUACCCUUUGAUAUACGCUGCAAAUGCGCCUAACAAAACUGGAGGCUUUGAUGGAUCAAUCUCCAGGUACUGCGUUGAAGGAAGUUUGGAUCGCAAAUUGUCCAGGGGAAACGUACUUAUAUGUGAUGGCUUGAAUGAUGGCUCGGGACCGCAACUUGCAGGUGCUGUUGGGGCAAUUAUGCCAGCACAAGGUGCGAAUGAUGUCGCCUUUGAGUUCAAGCUUCCUGUUUCUGUGUUGGGAGUUAAUGAUACUGCCAAAGUUCUCCUAUACUCCAAUAAAACACGAAAUCCUACGGCAUAUGUUGCGAAGAGCGAGGGAGUGUUGGAUGGGCUUGCGCCUUAUGUGGUUUCAUUCUCAUCUCGUGGGCCACAUCCUAUCACAUCUAAUUUACUCAAGCCUGAUUUGGCGGCACCGGGAGUCGAUAUCCUUGCAGCAUGGUCUCCACUUAGUACUCAAAAAUCUUCAUUGUACAAUAUUAUAUCGGGUACAUCAAUGUCUUGCCCUCAUGUUAGUGGCUCGGCUGCCUAUGUCAAGUCAUUCAACCCAACUUGGUCUCCAGCUGCAAUCAAAUCUGCCCUUAUCACCACCGCAUACAAUAUGAGCCCGAAAAGGAACAUUGAAGCAGAAUUGGCAUAUGGAGCAGGACAAGUAAACCCCCUCGGUGCACUAAAGCCUGGCCUUGUUUAUGAUGCAGAUGAGAUUGACUACGUAAGAUUUCUAUGCGGUCAAGGCUACACCACCAAAAAUCUUAGACUUGUAACAGGAGACUCAAGCAGUUGUACUGCUAAAACAAAUGGGAGCAUCUUUGAUCUCAAUUAUCCCACUUUUGGUUUAUCAAUCACCCCAGGAAAGCCCUUUUCAGCAACGUAUAAUAGAACUGUCACUAAUGUUGGUGAUUCAAAUUCUAGCUAUAAGGUCAGUGUGUCCGCUCCUGAUGGACUUAAGAUUAACGUUGAUCCACAAGUCUUGACAUUUCAGAGCAUUCUUGAGAAGAAAUCCUUUGUGGUGACAUUGGAAGGAAAAACUAAGAAGACUCUUCUCUCGGCUAGUUUAGUGUGGAGUGAUGGUGUGCAUAAGGCAAGAAGCCCUAUUAUCGUGUAUGGUGCUUGA